AUGUUAGGUACAAAAAGAAACUUAAGUGAUACAAAUGAUAUAAUUAAUGAUGAGAAUGUAGAUAAUAAUAGUAAUGAUAAUAGCAAUAAAAGAUUCAAAACAAAUUCGAUCUCAUUUGAAAAGAAAUCGAAUCCACCAUCAUUAUCGACAACAACAACAACAACAACAACAACAACAACAACAACAACAAUAACAUCAACAAUACCAUUAGGAUCACAAAAGCGUAUAAAUAUUACAUCAUUUUCAGGUCACAGAAUUACUAGAGUAGUAAAAUCUCAAAAUAGUGAGAAUAUUUCAACCUCUUUAUCAAAAUCAAAUAUAUUAUUUAACGAUUUAUUAAAGAAACCAAUUAAUGAAAUUUUAGAAGAGAUAGAGAAUAUUGAAUCAUUAAAAUUAAAAUCAGAAUUAAUUAAAAAUUCAAAUUCAUUAACGCCAACCAAAUCAAAAGGAGUUAGUGAAGAGAUAGUAAAGAAUAAAGACAAUAGAUUAUGGGUAGAUAAAUAUGCACCAACAUCAUUUCAUGAUUUACUUAGUGAUACAACUAUGAAUUUAGAAGUACUAAAUUGGUUAGAAUUAUGGGAUCAUAUUGUAUUUGAUAAACCGUUAUCAAAAAAUUUAAUAAUGCCUUCAACUUUUAAUAAUAAUAAUAAUAAUAAUAAUAAUAAUAAUAAUAAUAAUAAUAAUAAUAAUAAUAAUAAUAAUAAAAAUAGUAGUAGUACAGGUGGUGGAUAUUUUAAUAAAUUUAAUAGUAAAUUUACAACAAGUAGUAAUAGUAAUCAACAACAUCAAAACCAAGGUCAAUAUUUAUUACAAGAGGAUGGAACACCAAUUGCAAAGAUUAUACUUUUAACAGGUGGACCAGGUUUAGGUAAAACCACAUUAGCACAUGUACUCGCUAAACAAGCCAAUUAUAAUCCAGUGGAAAUCAAUGCAAGUGAAGAUAGAUCAGGUGAAGCAUUUGAAAGUAAAUUAUUAUCAGCAAUUGAAAUGAAAUCAUUAUUCAAUGAUAAUAAACCAAAUUGUUUAAUUAUUGAUGAAAUUGAUGGUAUUUCAGGUCGUGAUAAUGGUCCAAUUGAAUUAUUAAUUAAAUUAAUUGAUAAUAGUUUAAAAUUAGGUAAUCAUAAAAAGUCAACUACAAACCCAGCCGCUAAAAAAUCAGCUGGAAAAGAUACAGAAUCUGAUGAUGAUGAUGAUGAUGAUGAUGAUGAUGAUGAUGAUCAUGAAGACCAAGAUGAAGAUGAUGAAAAAUCAACAAAAACCAAAGGUAAAAAAGGUAAAAAGAAAGGAUUUACAACAAGAUUACUUAGACCAAUCAUUUGUAUUUGUAAUGAUCAAUAUGUACCAUCAUUAAGAAAACUUAGACAAAAAGCAAUGGUAUUUGAUUUUCAAGCACCAAAGAAAAAUGAUUUAUUAUCAAGAUUAAAGGUAAUUUGUUCAAACGAAGGAUUAUCAGCAACUGAUGCAACUUUGAAUGCAUUAAUCGAUAUGACAGGUAGUGAUAUUCGUGCGUGUAUCAACUCUUUACAAUUUAUUAAAUCAAAAACUACUGUAUUAAAUUCAGAAUUAUUAAAGAAUAAAUCAAAUAUUGUAAUUGGUCAAAAAGAUAUGGAAAAAGGUUUAGUUGAAAUUUGGAAUAAUAUUUUUAAAAGUUCAAGUAUUACAAGUUCAACUAAUAAAUUAUCAAAAUAUUCAAAUACUAUAUCAUCAUCGUCAUCAUCAAUUGAUUCUAUUAAUAGUAUUAGUAAUGAUUAUUUAAAUCAAUUAGAUUUUCAAAUUGGUGCAUGUAAUCAAGUUGAUAAAUUAAUUGAUGGUGUUUAUGAAAAUUAUUUAACAAAUAUGUCAAGUGAUUAUACAAUGCAGAAAACAAUGGAUUGUUUGGAUUGGAUGGUAUUUGGUGAUCAAAUGUUAAAUGUUCAUGCUGAUGAAAAGUAUCGUUCUCUAGUUCCAUUGGCAAUUCAUCAACGUUGUUCAACUUAUUCACCAAAGAUACAAUUACCUCAUUCCGAUUAUGAUAAUUUCAUUAAAAAGAAAUCAAACUCAAAUAUUAAAGAUUCCUUUUACUCAGAUUUACCAGCCACAAUCUAUUCUUAUCUUACAAAGAAAUGCUUUGUCAUUGAUUUCAUUUACCCAUUUGUUGAUAUACUUUCCUUACCAGUACGUGUUACAAAUGUUCAAUUGUAUAGCCAAACAGAGAAAACCAAUUUAAAUCGUUUGGUUGAAAUUAUGAAAUUCUAUAGAUUAUCUUAUAAGUUGGAAAAAGUAAAUAAUUUUAUCAAACAACAACAUCAACCACAAAAAAAAUUAGUUGAUAGUCUGGAUGAAAAAGAUGAUGAAGAAUUACAACGUAAUAAAAAACAACAAAAUCAACAAACUCAAGAUAUAACAAUGCAAUAUAAAUUGGAACCACCUAUUGAUACUUUAUUAUAUUUUCAAAAUCAAAAUCCAAAAACUAUGGUAAAACAUAUUCGAUUAUCUCAUAGUCAAAAACAAAUUAUUUCUACAGCUGUACAACAAUAUAAACCACCUCAAAAAUCAACUACUACCACCGCCACCGACACCACCACUACUGUUAAAAAUGAUGAAAAUCAAAAACAAAAAGAUCAAUUGAAAAAACCAAUACCAACAAAAGAAGAAUUCAAAAAACCUUUGGUACCAACAGUUUUAAAAGAUUUCUUUGGUAGAGUCAUUCAAACAUCACCAGAAACUAAAAAGAAAACUAUGGAAGCAACAGCUGGUCCAAAUAUUAAAUAUAGAUUCCAAGAAGGUUUUACAAAUGCUGUUAAGAAAACAGUGUAUGUAAAAGAUUUCUUGUAA